AUGAUUCAUUUGUACGAAAUUGAAACAACAGCUCCUUUGCGUUACCCUGUGCAGAUUGAUCAACACAACAAAAUCACACGCAUCAUCCGAAGCAUCAAGCCACAAGCUGGGCUUUUGAAGGUAACACCCACAUCUGGUCAACGGGUUGCUGUAAAUGCAACAGCUUGGUUUAACUUAUCCUUCUUAUCUUGUAAUUUGAUGGGGAAGAAGGGAGGUAGCUCAUGGUUAACUGCUGUGAAAAGGGCUUUUAGAUCUCCAACUAAAGAAAGUGACAAGAGGACUACUGGGACUGGCCAGGACCAAGAAGAAGAUGAAGAAAAGAAGAGAGAGAAGAGAAGAUGGCUAUUUAGGAAACCUUCGAAUCAAGAAAUAGUAACACAACAUAACCUAUCAAAGGCAGGACAUGUUAACGCCUUCACAGAUGGUGGUGGUGGUGAUGGUGCACUGGCAGACCAUGUGUCGGCAGCUGGAGCAGCUGAGCAAAGGCAUGCAAUUGCUGUAGCAGUUGCUACUGCAGCUGCAGCUGAAGCUACUGUAGCCACUGCCCAGGCGGCGGUGGAGGUGACUCGGCUAACUCGGCCUUCUUAUCAUCCUAGAGAACAUUAUGCGGCCAUUGUCAUUCAAACUGCUUUUAGAGGAUACCUGGCAAGGCGGGCUCUUCGUGCGCUUAAAGGGCUAGUGAAGUUGCAAGCUUUAGUAAGAGGACACAAUGUGAGAAAACAGGCCAAGAUGACCCUGCGAUGCAUGCAAGCUCUGGUUCGAGUGCAGGCUCGAGUACUAGAUCAACGCCUGAGGCUUUCACAUGAAGGCAGCAGGAAAUCUGCAUUUAGUGACACCAAUAGCGUGCUUGAAUCGCGAUAUCUUCAAGACAUUUCAGAUAGAAAAUCGAUGUCAAGAGAUGGCAGUAGCAUUGCAGAUGAUUGGGAUGAUCGGCCACACACAAUUGAGGAAGUCAAGGCCAUGUUGCAACGCAGGAAAGAAGCUGCAUUCAAGCGUGAAAAGACCUUAUCUCAAGCUUUCUCUCAGCAGAUACGGAGAAAUGGUAGGAGCCCAUCAAUGGGAAAUGAAGGUGAACUACAUGAAAGACCACAAUGGCUUGAUCAUUGGAUGCCUUCAAAACCAUGGGAUAAUAGCAGCAGAGCAAGAGCUUCAACUGAUCAUAGAGACCCAGUCAAAACUGUAGAAAUUGACACCUCCCAACCUCACUCAUAUUUAGCUCCUAAUUUUAGAAGAACAAACCAAAACCAAAACCAAUAUCACCAACACCAGAGACCCAAUUCAACAAACAAUGGUGUUACAAACUCUGCUCCUUCUCCUCUCCAUAAAGCUCAUCAAACUGCUCCUCUCUACCACUCUCCUAUUACACCCUCCCCAUCAAAAACUAGGCCUCUUCAGGUUCGUUCAGCGAGUCCACGAUGUGUAAGAGAAGAUAGAAGUUGUAAUUCCUCUCAAACACCAAGUUUAAGGUCCAAUUACUUUUAUAAUGGCAAUCUGAAUCAGCAUGGAAUCAGGGGAGGUGCUAGUGUCAGUAGUAAUGGUACUGCUACAUUGCCAAAUUACAUGGCUGCAACUGAGUCUGCCAAGGCUAGAUUGAGAUCACAGAGUGCACCAAGGCAAAGACCGUCAACACCCGAGCGAGACAGGGUUGGGUCUGCAAGAAAACGGCUUUCGUAUCCAGCCCCUGACCCUUACGGUGUGGGAAUUGGUUAUGGCGGUGUUGGUUACGGGCAUGGUUUAAGGAGUCCAAGCUUUAAGAGUCAGAGUGGUUCGCGUUUUGGUGGAUUAGUCGACCAACAAUCUAACUAUUCUUCUUGCUGUACGGAUAGCUUUGGUGGUGAGAUUUCCCCUUCUUCAACUAGUGACCUUAGAAGAGGUGUGAGAGAACACUUGAGAGAGUUUAAGUGGGAAUUUGUUAAGAGUUUCAGUUAUCUCUCCUCUGAUGGUAUGCGGGGCUCUGGCUUACCUGAGAUCGGUAGAGGACGGCUUUGGCAUUUGAGAGUAAUCUCCAAAAGGUGGUGUGACAUUGAUUUGUAG